AUGGCGCUCCUCAUCGCCGCGGCCUCGUUGUUGGCACUCGCGCACGCGUCGGGCGCGCAAGCUUCCUGCGCUGUAGGGCAGCAGUGCGCUGCGGGAGAGCAGGACGACAUGGGCAUGCUCCAGAAGAGCUCGCAGAUGAUGCAGGUGAAUCGGCAUGAGCAAAUGAGCGUGAGGACGGCGCCCACGAACGACGCCGAGUGCAAGGCCGUGGAGGGUAUCAACAAGGACCUGCCCAUCGUCUACGACUCCAGCUGCCCCGGCCUGUGCUGCUUCGAGGACCAGCCGUGCAGGUACAACAACACGGGCUGCUACUCCGCAGCCUUGGCGCAGCAGAAGGUGAGGACGACGCCCACGAACGACGCCGAGUGCAAGGCCGUGGAGGGUAUCAACAAGGACCUGCCCAUCGUCUACGACUCCAGCUGCCCCGGCCUGUGCUGCUUCGAGGACCAGCCGUGCAGGUACAACAACACGGGCUGCUACUCCGCAGCCUUGGCGCAGCAGAAGGUGAGGACGCCCACGAACGACGCCGAGUGCAAGGACGUGGAGGGUAUCAACAAGGACCUGCCCAUCGUCUACGACUCCAGCUGCCCCGGCCUGUGCUGCUUCGAGGACCAGCCGUGCAGGUACAACAACACGGGCUGCUACUCCGCAGCCUUGGCGCAGCAGAAGGUGAGGACGCCCACGAACGACGCCGAGUGCAAGGCCGUGGAGGGUAUCAACAAGGACCUGCCCAUCGUCUACGACUCCAGCUGCCCCGGCCUGUGCUGCUUCGAGGACCAGCCGUGUAGGUACAACAACACGGGCUGCUACUCCGCAGCCUUGGCGCAGCAGAAGGUGAGGACGCCCACGAACGACGCCGAGUGCAAGGACGUGGAGGGUAUCAACAAGGACCUGCCCAUCGUCUACGACUCCAGCUGCCCCGGCCUGUGCUGCUUCGAGGACCAGCCGUGCAGGUACAACAACACGGGCUGCUACUCCGCAGCCUUGGCGCAGCAGAAGGUGAGGACGGCGCCCACGAACGACGCCGAGUGCAAGGCCGUGAAGGGCAUCAACACGGGCCUGCCCAUCGUCUAUUGCUCCAGCUGCCCCGGCCUGUGCUGCUUCGAGGACCAGCCGUGCAGGUACAACAACACGGGCUGCUACUCCGCAGCCGUGGCGCAGCAGAAGGUGAGGACGGCGCCCACGGGAGAGCUGCUGUGUAUUAUGGGUGACCAGGAUGUGCUGCCGCACUAGAAACGAAUGGUGAGUGAGUGAGUGAGUGAGUGAGUGCAUUGUGCGUCGUGCCAGCUCAGGCAUUGUCGAGGUUGUGUUCAGCGAUUUCAGUCUUGUGUAAGCAUGCUGGCUGUGCCCAAUGUCCACGGCGCAGCAGUAUGUGUACUUCAUGCUUCUCCUGCGUUUCGACUCCUGGACCUGAACGUCUGGGUGCACUUGGGCGGAGCGGCCGCUUCGUGCUGUGGCCGUCUUUGCCCACGUGCGGUCUUGUCACGGGAGAGACUGGUCAGAGCGAGGCCUCUGCAGAUUGAUAA